AUCUUGUCCACGUUUAUCCCUUUUAGUUGUUUCGCUCUACGUGGACUCAUUCAAAUUCAUUGUAACAUCUUCAACCUGCAAACCUCUGCUCUAGUUUGCCCUUGCAGCUUUCGAUAGCUGGUCUACUCCGGUCGCUCCACAUCUUCAGUUCUUUGCACGCGAGAGCAAAACUUCAAUUCACUGUUUCCUAAAUUAACGGAGGACGAAAUGAUUUCUACGCAGUUGUCUGGUUUAGUAAUAUUGGCGGUUCUGCUCGUUUCUGCCUUCGCUCAUAAGCAGCAUAAUGACGGCCAUGAAAAAGCCGAGCAAGACAGAGACCAUUUGUCGGUUGGAAUUAUGCGGAAACCCGACCAUUGCCCAAGAGAAUCUAAAGAUGGCGACCAUUUGACGGUGAGGUACAACAACACCCUCAUCGACCAAACACCUGUUUUAUCGACAGGCGAAUUUGAGUUCACUCUGGGUGAAGGACAAGUAAUUCCCGGCUGGGAUCUGGGCUUGAGGGAUAUGUGUGUGGGGGAACUCCGUGAGCUUGUCGUCCCAUCCCAGUACGGAUAUGGGGAAUACCCCGUCGGAGAUAAGAUUCCCCCCAGGGCACUCUUGGUGUUUUACGUCGAGCUUUUAAAAAUCUCCGACCCUGGCGAGGACAGUGGGAGACCGAACAUGUUCAAGGAGAUAGACGUCAACGGAGAUGGUCUGAUCUCACACUCAGAGGUCGCUGGGUAUUUGAGGCGAGAGGGAAUGUCGCAUGGCGAAGGAGAUGAAAGCCAUGAUAACCUGAUGCAAGAAAUCUUCCACGAGGAAGACAAAAAUAAGGAUGGCUACAUCUCACAUGACGAGUUUCAGGGAAUCAAGCAUGGAGAGCUCUAGACAUUUUUGACGUUGCUCAGUGUUAUUUAACAAUGAAAAGCGGCUUUUCAAAGCAGAAAUUGAUGUUAGGCCUUAGGAAUCACCUUUCGAUUCAGCAAUUUGAUGUUAAUUGUCGUCGCUCGAUGAAUUUUAAUAAAUAUCUCCAGUUUCUCUUAGA